AUGCCGAUCGCCAUUCCUGCUGCUGUACACACUCCUCAUCCGAACGAUAAAUAUCAGAACGUGUCGACUGCGGUGACGAAUUUGCCAGUUAUCGACUUCGAUGGUUUCGAAGAUGGAAACGGACCCCGGGCGCAAGAGAUUGCUGAGCAAUUCUAUGCCGCUUGCAGAGACGUUGGUUUUGCAUACAUUCGUAACUUUGGAAUGGACCUCGAGCUCGUUGAUGAGAUGUUCGGGUGGUCGAAGAAGUUCUUCGACCUCUCUAAGGAGGUUAAGUUGAAAGCCCCUCACCCAGCCGCGGGCUGGCAUCACCGCGGCUACUCAGCAGUAGGACGAUCGAUUGCUGUUCAGCUGAUGAAGCAACUGUGGCAGCAUUCAAGGUCCUAUGAAUACGGCAAUAAGGAGCACACACGUCUUACCAACAUCCUCAUUCCCGACGAAGACCUCCCCGGAUAUAAUGCGGCGCUUGAACGGUACUUCCAAGCUGGUACUGCUUGCUCCAAGGUCUUGCUGAAAGCACUUGCCUUAGCCAUGCCAGGUGUACCCGCAGGUUUCCUCGAAGAGUAUCACGCAUGGGGGGAUAACCAAGUUCGGUUGCUUCAUUACCCACCGCAAUCUACCACUGCUCUCCGAAACGGCGAGGUAGGCCGUAUUGGCGAGCACACCGACUACGGCUCCGGCACAAUCUUAUUUCAAGACGGAACUGGUGGUCUCGAGGUUGAGGACCCGAAUAAACCAGGAACCUUCCUGCAAGCCAAACCCAUACCUGGAUAUGCCGUGUUCAAUAUUGGUGAGUACAUACCCACCAACUUUUGA